AAAGAAAGAGAGAGAGACGCUGGGUGACUCUACCAGGUCCAGUUUUGAUGGGUUAGUGUGGAACAAAUAAAAAGAGUCCGCAAACAAAAUUGGUCUUAUCAUCCAUCUUUACAAAGAACUGAUUAGAAGUCUCUUGUGGCUGAUACUAUCUGUCUGAAGGGGUUUUGAAUCCCUACUACUGAUGCUUUCAGAUCCAGAUUGUGCUAGAUAUCCCAAGUACGAAUCAAAUGCCAUCACUAAAAAUGAAGACAAAGCUAGCCACAUCCAGUUCAAAAGAAAAAAAUGUCCUCCACGUCUGUCCAAACUCAAGUGUCAUAUCCAAGAGUUCUCUCUCUCGAACCAGAAGUGUGCAGAAUGCAGACGAAGUUGCAGAUCUGAUUCACAAUACUCAUGAUGUUCCGAUCUACUAUAAAGUAUAUCAACACCAAGUCGGAAGAAAUGGAGAUCAUGCUAAUGAUUUGGUAGAUGGACUGCUUGAAAAGCAACAACCACCUGUUACUGAUUCUGCAAACCUUGAUACAAUGGAGUCUACAAUAGUAAUCUGCAAAUCAAGUUCAGAGACCAUCUUUUCACCUAGUGUUGAGCCUGUUGGGGUGCACAGUGAGUCUGAUAUACCAAGUGUUGAAGCAAGCAAUGAUUUUUAUGUACCCCAAUUGGAGACUGAAGACAGUGAUAGCAGCAGAAGUUCGUGUGAACAUCAGACGUGCAAUGUUUCAGAUUUUUACAUCUCUGAUAUGAUUGUUUCUUGUAUGGCUGUCGAGGAUGAAACCAUCUAUGAUGACAGUUUGACUGACAGAUUCUUGUCUGAGUACAAGUGUGAAGAACCAAAUAUCUUUACUAAUGUUGAUGAGGAAUACUUGCUGCUGCCUUUUCUUGAAGACACUGCAGCAGCUAGCUAUAGUCAAGAGUGCAGAACAUCUGGAGAAUCUGCCAUUCAGUCAGAUGAUUCGAGCUUAUACAUGGCAAUUCACCAGCUCAGAUCAUCCGAACAAUCUGAUGCUUUCACAUAUUUAGAAUCUGAUCAAGCAGAAUGCUUUGACCCACAUAUUUUCAUUAGAAAUUUGCCAGACAUAUUAGAGAGGCCGAAUAUUUUGCCAAAAGAAUCACAAAGAUGCAAAUCGAUCACCCUAGUACUUGACCUAGAUGAAACACUUGUUCAUUCUACACUGGAGCACUGUGAUGAUGCAGACUUCACAUUUCCCGUUUUCUUCAGCAUGAAAGAACACGUUGUCUAUGUGAAACAGAGGCCUCAUCUCCGGACAUUCUUGGAGAGAGUUGCAGAGAUGUUUGAAAUUGUAAUUUUUACGGCUAGUCAGAGCAUAUAUGCGAAGCAACUGUUGGAUAUUCUGGAUCCAGAUGGAAAGAUUAUUUCACGGCGAGCAUAUCGUGAAUCAUGCAUCUUCUCUGAUGGAAGUUAUACAAAGGAUUUAACAGUAUUAGGUGUUGAUCUUGCAAAGGUUGUAAUUGUAGAUAAUUCCCCACAGGUUUUCAGAUUGCAAGUGAAUAACGGGAUUCCUAUUAAGAGUUGGUUUGAUGACCCUUCAGACUCUGCACUAAUUUCUUUACUUCCAUUCCUAGAGACACUGGCUGAUGUUGAUGAUGUCCGACCUAUCAUUGCUAAGAAAUUUGGUAACAAGGAAUAAAGAGGCCCUUGUUUCUUCCUAGUAGUUCCUCUAACAUCCUCUUCUCUUCUCAUUUAAACAGGAUUAUCCUUCAUUUACAUGCUCAUUGUUCUAUCCUCAUUGAGCCUUGAUAUAAUUGGGGUGUGCAAUAAGAAUACUAGUCCUUUUCUGGUUGAGUCAGUUUUUUGUGCGUAUUUCUUUCUUGUUUCCACCCUGUUGACAACUAUCUUCAGUCCAUUGCUUAUCUAAUUUGUUGUCGCAUAUAGUUGCAAGAGGUUCUUCUUGUGUGCAAUGUACAGUUAUAUUUGCCUAGUUAUUUACAAGCUUGUGUAUAUGAAUUGAUCUAUUGUGAAAUAAAUUGUGAUUUCAUGUUUCA